ACAUGGCGGACAAACGUCUUCGUGUUCUUCUUCACCCAACUUCGCUUCGACAACACGUUCAGCAGUGGUUAGCUGAAGAUACGCCAAGCUUUGAUUAUGGAGGUUUCGUUGUGGGAGAAAGUGAAGAAACAGCAGUAUUGUUGUGCAAAUCUAGGGGUAUUUUAGCGGGAGUUCCUUUCUUCGACGCAAUAUUCCGUGAGUUGGGGUGCAAGGUGGAGUGGGUGUUCUCCGAAGGGGUGCAAGUUGAACCCACGACCACGGUGGCAAAGGUAACUGGGAGAGUUAACAAGAUUCUUCUGGGAGAAAGAGUGGCCUUAAAUUGUAUUACAAGAGCGAGUGGAAUUGCGACGAAGGCUAAGAGUUUGGUGAAACUUAAGGAAGACCAUAACUGGCACGGAGAAAUAGCGGGAACUCGGAAAACUACCCCGGGUUUUCGAAUCGUAGAAAAGUACGCACUUUUGGUCGGUGGUGUUUCCACCCAUCGAUAUGAUCUAUCCUCCAUGAUCAUGCUCAAAGAUAAUCACAUUUGGACUGCUGGGAGCGUCACACGUGCCGUACAAGACGCAAGAAAGGUGGGAGGUUUCUCAAUCAAAAUUGAAGUGGAAUGUCGAAGCAUCGAGGAGGCAAGAGAAGCUGCCAGUGCAGAAGCUGAUGUUGUUAUGCUGGAUAACUUUGAGCCUAAGGCUCUCCACAGAGCAGCUGAGGUCCUGAAGAAAGAAUUCCCGCAUUUACUGAUUGAGGGAAGUGGAGGCGUUACAAUAGAGAACAUCGCGCAAUAUUUUGGACCGCAUGUUGAUGUAAUUUCAAUGGGGUCUCUAACACAAGGUUAUGGUACAGUCAAUUUUUCUCUGAAAAUUCUGAAGGAAGGACAUGAUCCGCACAAUCCACUUGUCAAAACUUUCUAAUCGUUAGUAAGAUGAUGGCUACUCUAUGUUCAUCAGUUUGAAUGUAGCGUACCUUGACAACUUACAAUUUGUUAAAUAAUGAAAAGGAUUUUCUUUUAAAUAAGACACUGAUGUAUUUGAUUAUUUUGAUCAACAGGUUACAAAGAACUUUUAAACCGAAAAUUACAUUUCGUCCGUUGCAUUUCUGCUUCCUUGGAAGAAGUAAGCGCAUCGUUUACAACACAAAGAAGGAUUUUUCUAAGCUACGGAAUAAUAAAUAUUGCUCUGCUUAAGUAAUGUUUACAAACGAAAAAGAAAUCGUCACUUAGAGAAUCAGUUUAAAUUAGCAACUUUCAAUUUGGUCCUUUGCAGGUUUUUGAAGACUAGGGGAAGUCGGGGUCGUGCUCCUCCUCACAUUCCUUGGGGCAUUUUUUAGUCCGGAGGUUUUGCCCUUUUGUGGGAUGUGGGGAAGUGUCGUAGGGAGGGAAUCAAGUAAUCCCUUAUAGAUGUGUCCGUCCUGUCCUAAGAUAUCCACCGGUUGAAAAUCUUUCUGCGGGACGAGGAAGUCCAAGUCGUCCUUGUUAAGCUGAAGUCCACGAACAACCGACUGACUAUGGGGAUAGGUGAGGGUAUGGACUCCUCCACAGGCUCUUGCAGUGGCCUCGGCCAAUUCUUGUAGAUCGUGAACACCACUAAUGAUAAAAACAAAGUAGAAGAAUUAUGACUGUUACGUUUUUCUUCAGUCAGUUUUGAAAUAUGUUUUACCCUGUCGUCAUAUUUGUCUACAACAAAAACCCUCCUAAUGAAAAUAAAGGAUGUGAGGUAAAUCAAGUCCCCUGAUCAAAAUUGUCGGACGUGACCAGUCUGUCCCAGUGUCUGGCGUUUGAAACCUGUAUAAGUCUUUUUCCAAAUAGUAAGUUUUUUUUCGUGAACCACCUCACUCUGAAACGAAAUCCCAGAGAAAUAUUGCAUCAGUAUAGUUGUUUAGGUGGCCAUCAGGACUUACUGCUAAGAGGUUUAUUAAAUCAGCAUUGUUGCGCCUCCUAUGCAGCCGUUGUUUGGCCACGUAACGCAAGGCGUUUUCAGAUGACGUGUUGCGUGACCAUGUAAGGUGCAGAUAACGUGUUGCGUGACCAGACCAAUCAACAGUUGCGCAGGAAAAUAGUAUUUUAGUUCCUUUCUGUAAGUAUGUCUGUAAUCCAUUCAU